CAGAAGCGGCUGUGCCCAGCCGAGAGAAAGAUGGCGGCGGCGGCUGUAGCAGUGGCGGGAGGGGAAGACGAGGACUGGCCGGAGGUGACAGAGUCCGGCCGGCGGGAGCUGAGCCUGGAGUCGGGCGCCGCCCUGGAGCGGCGUGUGCAGGCCGCCGGGGGCCGCUUCCCGCGGGCUCUGGGCUCCCUGGGGGCGGCGCUGCGGUCGCUGGAGGUGCGCGGGGGCGGCUGCGCGGCGCUGCGUGAGCCGGGGCCGGUCCUGGGGCUCCUGACGGGGCUGCAGACGCUGGCGCUUCCCGGCUGCGCGCUGGGCCCGUCGGGGCUGACCCAGGCCGGGUGCCUCUUGCCGGCCACGCUGCGCACCCUCGACCUCUCCGGCAACGGCCUGGAGGAGCUGCCGGCGGAGCUCGGCGGGGCCGGGGAGCCUCAGUUGGUGGCGGCGGCGACGACGGCGACGAAGAAGGGCCCCCCUGCCGCCCUGCCUGAGCUGCGCCUCCUCAACCUUCGCCGCAACCGCCUUCGCGAAAUGGGGCCCGGCCUGGCUCGCUCCGCCCCGGCCCUCCAGGAGCUGCUCCUGGGCGGGAACCGCCUGCGCUCCCUCCCCGGGGGGCUGCUUCCCACGGACGACGGAGGUGACUCCCGCCGCGCCGCCCCUUUAGCCCUGCUGGGCACCCUGGAGGCGGCGGGCAACGAGCUGGAGGAGCUGAGCCCCAACAUCUCCCGCCUGGCCUGCCUCAAGACUUUGGAUGUUUCCAACAACAAAUUAUCAGAAAUCCCUGUGGAGUUGGCUGACUGCCCCAAGCUGAAGGAAGUCAAUUUAAAAGGAAAUUUCCUCAAAGACAAACGGCUUGAGAAGAUGGUAAAUGGUUGCCAAACAAAAUCUAUCCUGGAAUAUUUGCGUGUUGGGGGUCGAGGGGGCGGCAAAGGAAAAGGCAAGCAGGAUGGUGCUGAGAAGGAGGAGAUGAGGAAGAAAAAGAGAGAUAAAAACAAGAAAAAAGGCAGUGAUGCAGAGGAUGAGGUGGAAGAAACCCAGAAGCUGCUGGUGAAAGUUCUCCACAUCUCUGAGAAUCCAGCUCCAUUGGUUGUGAAAGCCAGCCCUGGUGUCAAAGACGUCCGCCCCUAUAUUGUGUGCUGUGUAGUGAAAGGCAUGAACUUCAAGCCCGGCAAUGCUUUGAAGAGGUUUCUUUCUGCUCAGACCAAACUCCACGAGGACAUCUGCGAGAAGCGAACAGCAGCCACCAUCGCCACACAUGACCUGCAGCUUGUGAAAAGUCCUCUUAUCUACGACGUUCAGCCACCAGAUGAAUUGAAGAUCAUCCCCUUGGGCCGGAAGGAAAUCAAUGCCAAGGACCUCCUCCGUCAGCUGCAGUCGGAGGCCGAGGAGCAGCGGAAGCAGAAGAGGAGGCAGAACAUAUCUGGACUGCACAAGUACCUCCACUUACUGGAUGGGAAAGAGAAUUACCCCUGCCUGAUUGACAACGAAGGUGCUGUGAUUUCUUUUCCACCAAUCACAAACAGCGAGAAGACAAAGCUUGGGAAAACCACCUCUGAUCUGCUUCUGGAAGUGACAAGUGCCAUGAGCCUGCAGACAUGCAAGGAUGUGAUGGACACCCUCAUUCUAAAAAUGGCGGAGCUGAACAGAUGCACUUCAGAGAAUACAGGUGAAGACCUGGAUUCAGAUCACGAAUCAAACGACACUGCCGGGCAUGAGAAUUCAAGGCUUGAAGGCGUUUCCAAGACCCACCCUCUCAUUUUGGAACAGGUUCGGGUCGUGGACAAGGACGGGAACUUAAAAGUCCUUUAUCCUUCAAAAACUGAUCUCAGUACAGUCUCGUCCCUCAUAACAGUGAUUCAUUAAGCGCCUUUGGUUUCCUUUCCCUGUUGUGGGGCACGCUAGACAGCAUUUGUGAACAGCCUCCCCUUGCAGGAUUUUAUCGGGGUUUUUUUUAACUCAGCAAGAAAUCCAAUGAUGUGCUUUGAAGAGGGAUUGGUUGACAGUUAACUGCAGGAUUUUUGUGGUCUCGAGAGAGACUUGAAGACCUGCUUGGUUCGUAAAACCCAAGCCAGGGAUCCACACGGAUCUCUUGAAUAAAGGUGCGGGAUCAUAUUUAUUUUAAUGAGACACACUAAUAUCCACAUGGCAUAAUGGUACACUAUAAUCUCUGCAUAAUUGGGCAUCGGGGCCAGGUAGGAAGCUUUGUGGGUGAGACACACACACACACCUGCCACUUCCACCACUGUUAAUCAGGUGUUGUGCUUUCUAGCAAUACAGAAUGUGGCCUGUUAGACAGAGUUGAGCUAUUGCUUCAGACUCUGAAGCCUGCUUUGUAACCUUGACCUGAGUGGUGUGGUUGCUGCUGCUGCUGAUGCUGCUCUCUGGAGUCUUCCUCUCCCCAUGACACUCAGGUGUCCUGCAGAGUAUAUGAGAGGUUGCAUUGACACCCAAACUGCUUUCCCUCUCAGUUUAUGCCACGCUGGCUUCUCUUCUUCACAUCUUGCUAGCAGAGUAGCAUGAAGCCAUACAAACAGGCCUGGAGACUUGUGUGUCUUGGGGAGCAGCUACCCCACCAUUCAUCCCUCGUGCCACAUAGAAAACUCGGUUUUUGAAACUGACACUUCUUUCAAAAUCAGUGGUUUGCCAUUGGGAAGAGCCACGAGCUGCUCUCCACAGGGGCAACAAAAAGUCAGUAACAACACUGGACCAUGUACACCACCCCUCUGGUUGUGCCUAAAAGGCCUGUAUUGUUGCCCAAGUUUCUAGCUCUCAUUGAUUGCAUGGAAGAACUGGGAAAUGUAACAGCCAGUGAUGUG